AUGCCGACAGUACACCUCUUGGACUACGUUGCUGGUAACAUUCGAUCGCUGGUCAAUGCGAUUGAAAAGGUCGGCUACCAAGUCGAAUGGAUCAAGUCACCUGAAGAUGUGCCAAAGGCUGAGAAACUCAUUCUCCCCGGAGUAGGCCACUUUGGUCACUGCCUCGGUCAAUUCAACAACUCUGGCUAUGUCGAGCCCAUCAAGAAGCACAUUGCCGCUGGCAAGCCCUUCAUGGGUGUCUGUGUCGGUCUGCAAGCUCUGUUCGAGGGCUCGGAAGAGAACAACGAGGUUCCGGGUCUCGGUCUGAUCCCUGGCCGUCUGGAAAGAUUCGACGACUCGGACAAGAGUGUGCCUCACAUUGGCUGGAACUCGGCCAACACUGCCUCGGAACAAGGCCUCGAUGCGAACCAGAGUCUCUACGGCAUGCGUCCCGACAGCAAAUACUACUACGUCCACUCAUAUGCCAAGAUGUACGAGCCUGGUGUCCUCGAGAAGGCUGGCUGGUCCGUAGCCACCGCCCGCUACGGCAACCAAGAAUUCGUCGGAGCCGUCGCAAAGGACAACGUUCUGGUCACCCAAUUCCACCCCGAGAAGAGUGGUGCCGCUGGUCUGCGUGUCCUCAAGGCCUUCCUGGACGGCGACCGUCUCACCACCCUCCCACACACCCCUGAGCCUUCGACAACGAAAGAAGGCCUCACCCGUCGCAUCAUCGCCUGCCUCGACGUCCGCACAAACGAUUCCGGUGACCUCGUCGUAACAAAAGGAGACCAAUACGAUGUCCGCGAAAAAGAAGAAGGUGCCGCAGUCCGCAACCUCGGAAAACCAGUCUCUAUGGCCCAGAAAUACUAUGAACAAGGCGCCGAUGAGGUCACCUUCCUCAACAUCACUUCCUUCCGUGAGACCCCUCUCAAAGAUCAACCUAUGCUGGAGAUCCUCCGUCAAGCUUCCUCUACCGUCUUUGUACCCCUCACAAUCGGCGGCGGUAUUCGGGACACAAAAGACCCAGAGACAAACACUCUGGUGCCAGCCCUCGAGGUAGCAACACUAUACUUCAAAUCCGGCGCCGAUAAAGUAUCCAUCGGCUCCGACGCCGUAACCGCCGCCCAAGAAUACUAUGCCAACAACAAGACCCUCUCAGGCAAAACCGCCAUCGAAACAAUCAGCAAAGCCUACGGUGUCCAAGCCGUAGUCGUCAGUGUCGACCCCCGUAGAAUUUACGUCAAGAGCCCUGAAGACACAACCCACUCUGUCCUCAAAACCCCAUACCCAGGUCCCAACGGUGAGGAAUACUGCUGGUACGCCUGCACAAUCCACGGCGGCCGCAGCACCUCCGAUCUCGACGUCAUCCAACUCUGCACCGCCGUGGAAGCAAUGGGCUGUGGAGAAAUCCUACUAAACUGCAUUGACAAAGACGGUACAAAUUCUGGCUUUGACCUUGAACUUGUAAAAUCUGUAAAGCAAGCUAUCAAGAUUCCGGUCAUUGCAAGCAGUGGAGCGGGUAAUGCGGGACAUUUCAAAGAGGUGUUUGACAAGACUACGGUUGAUGCUGCGUUGGGGGCUGGUAUGUUCCACAGAGGGGAGUGGACGGUCAGACAGGUCAAGGAGGAGUUGGAAAAGGAUGGUUUGAUUGUUAGGAGAUUUGAGGAUGAGAUUUAG